CCGCCCUCUCCAGUCCCCCGCGCCUCCCCCUGCCUGCCUGCUGGGCCCGGGCCAGUCCCUUCCAGGAAGAGCAGAGGCGCGGCCAGCAGCGGCAGCAGCCCCCGAGCGCUCCCCGCAGGCGGCACCCGCGCCAGCCUUCCACGCAGGAGAGCGAGCGCGGCGCCCUCGGCGAAAUGGCUGCUAUGGUAACAGAAUGUGGAAAUGUGAGGAUCAUCACCCAACUCAUCCAGCAGAAAGACCCGCAGGGAGCAGAGGUGCUCAGUGAGUCGGGGUCGACUUCCAUGUCCUCACAGCUCACACCAGCCCAGCCCAAAACCUUCGCAAAUACACUGCCCAAGGCACUGGGGGUUGUACAGAUUGUUUUGGGGGCUACACAGAUUAGUUUUGGCAUUGCCCUGACAGUAGCACAAGAAGACUUGAAGAAACUCACUGUGAAAAGCGGGGUCUACUUCUGGAUUGGAAUCUUGCUCCUGCUCUCUGGGGCCUUGUUGGUGGAAAUGGAGAAACGAGACCAUGCACUGCUGGGGAGACUCUGUUUGCUUGUCAACUUGCUGGUCAGUGGGGCUUCCGUAGUAGCAGUAAUUCUCCAUGGUACUGAGAUUGGAGAAGAGACUGUAAAAGACAACAUCUGUGGUGGCAGUGGCGAAUAUUAUUGCUCCAGUGCUAAACAGGUGCUUGUGUAUGGCAUGAACUCAGUGUUCAUCAUCCUUUCACUGCUGGAACUGGCAAUCUCUCUCACUGCUGUGGUGGUUGUCUUCAAGUCUACAAGACAGCAGUCCUAUAGACAGAUGGCAUCAAGAUAGAAAAGAGGCUUCUCUCCACUCUCUCUGUUGCACCACUUGCAGACGCACUGAGCACAGACCUAAAGGUUUUCCUUGCCUGUCAGCUGUGAACUUCUUACAGAGUCAUCACCUUUCCCAGGUGGACCCCAGUCAUCAAAAGAAGAAACCAUUUCUGCAUUCUGAUGUUUUGCUGUCCAGAGAAGAAAAACCCUAUGCCAGUUUGCUCUGCAAACUCUCCUUCAUCGGAAGGGCCAUUCAGUAAUACCAGAGCCUUCCUCUAUACUUCUGUACAAUAUCAAGAGAGUAUACUUUCUAUACCUUCAAAGGCUCAUUUUUGAGCUCUCCUGCCUGUCUCUGGGAGAUAACUAACCAUGUUCUCCUUUGUUGUAGCGAGGGUAUGUAUGUUUAAGGGACAGAGGGCAGUGAAUGACCAAACAGUCCCUGGAUUUUUCUGGACUUUUUCCAACAGCACUUUCACUCAUGGAAGUGUUUUGAAAGGAUCUUUGUAGUGGAAUAUACCCAAGACAAAUUUCAUUGAAAUGGGAAGUCCCUGUGAAUUUUUCAGGAAAAAAAAUAUGGAGUAAGAGCCAGUCAGUAAACUAGUAGCUUGCUUGUGGAUCUUUCUGAAAAAAUCAGUGUGGGUUUUUCAACAUUUGCAUUGUUUUCCAUGUUUAUUCCUCCAUCAGAAGAAUUCUCAGGGAAAGUGCUGCAUCAGUGCCUACUGCUUUUUCUAACCAGAGGAUAAAGAUACAUUACAAAAUCUCCCUGCAUGCAUACACCCACCAAAGACCCUUCAUGUUGAAGCUUGCCCCAAUACUCUAGACAAAACAAUGUUUGAUGUUCAGAUGGGUUUGUACACUUACUGUGUCACCACUUCUUAUAAGGGACACUGAACUAUACCACUUAGAUAACCACCCAUCUGCUUGCAAUAAUUCAUGAGAGGGGAGAGUCUGACAGCAGAUAACUCCAGCCUACUUCUAAUGUUACUUGGAGAUAGGUGGGAAUUGCUUCACAGAGGUACCCAAAAGAUUGUGGGUUGGAUCCAAAGGUGCCUUCUGCUCACACAACAGUGAGCCAUUCUCGGACUCCUUGGAUUCCUACUUGAGAAGCAAUCCCCUAUAUGGCAUCUCUUCAUGAGGGUCCCCUGACCCUUAGGAGCAGAUUCUUGAGUGGUGUGGUGGGUUGCAGAAAACAGGGGGGAGUUGGAAGAGAUCUGUUCCACAGGUGGAAGUCCUGCUUGCCAUUCUUAAGACUAAACCCAAUGAGAAUAAAUGCUGUAAGAAAAAUGUUAAUGUUAUGCACAUUCGGAGGCAGAGAGGCUGAUGUCUCCUUAAAUGAUUUUGUUGCACUAAAGAAGCAGGGAAGGAGCAUGAAUAGAAUAUAUACAAGAUACAGGAAAAUUAAUCGCUAAUGUUCUAUGUUCAGCAAAAAGCCAAGACAUACUGCUCAAGGUGAAUGUGAAUAAUGUGAAUAAUUCAAUAGUGGAUGUUCCAUUUAAUGGAAAUCAAAUAAGCUUUCAGGAACUUGAUACAGUAUGUUAAAGGUGUGAUAGUAUGCAGUAUUAAUUCCCCAUGAUAAUAGAAAUAAGGAAAGAUUGUAAGCCAAUCCGUGCAUUCAGCAGAAUCAAGUCAGUUUUGGAUUCAGCAAAAUCAAGUGUCUUCUAAAUAGUAUCACUUCAUGCAAGGGUGAGACUAUAUGCAUGAAUGUUCUCCCAUGGGAAAAAUCCCCACAUGUAGAAAAGCAGUAUGUCAGGGAGAAGUCUAGGCUGCACUCGUCUUCACUGCUUGCUAGUUUUAUAUGGGCAAGAAGGUUUUUAGAAGGCAGAACAUUAAAGAAGACAGUUCCCCUUUUGCAUUCUCUAGUAGUACAUUCCAGGAAGAGCUAUACCAGAUUUCUGCUAACUGCACAGAUUGGCCCAUAUAUCAGAAUUGGCUUUCAGUAAAACAUAGCAUGAGAACUACUGCUACAAGAAAUGUUUCUUGAUUAUCUGAUUCCUUUUUUUUUUGCAUCACUUUAGCGAGAACCCAGUUGACUGCAGAAUGUUCACUCUGUUAGUGUCUGUUAACUAGGCUUCAAGUAUUUUGAGAACUUUGUCUUAAGGCUGCAUCUGCCAAACAGACACUGGUUUAUGUACCAUGAGAAUCUUCGUCAUUUAGGGUGCAGAACACUAAUAUGGAACCUUUCUGGAGUUUGUCUUUAAGAACUCAAGAGAUCUUUCAGCAGGUUUCUUUUGGGGGAACCAUGCCUGAAAUUACUGUUGUAAUUAAUAACUUCAGAAGGAUUAUUACACAUGCCUAUUCAUGUGUAUGGGUAUGAUCUAGGCAACUGUACUGUUGUGUUUUAAGAGGCUGAAUUGUGCAUCAGUAUUUCUCUGGUUCCAGUCUCAUCUUUGCUAUGAACUCACUGGGUAGAUUUAUGCAGGUCAUAUUUUAGCGAUAUUAUUGGCAAUCUGGGCAAUGACUCUACUUAGUUUUGGACAGAUAUAAAAUAUUUGAAAAUUUUGAAGCCAAUGGUAUAAAUUUGUUCCCGGGGGGUGGGGGAUUUGGGGACAACUGAAAUAUAUGCAAUACUUUCUUUUUAUCAAAACUAAGCUUGCUUUACAGCUUUAACUACAUAAAAUCCAUAAUUUGUAACAGAAUAUAAAUUGUCUUUUUAACGGAUUUAUGGAAUUUAGUAUAAAUAGUUUUUUAUAGGCAAAAUUUUGACUACUUGAGAGAGAAAUAAUUAAAAACUGCUGCAUCCUAUACUUCCUAGGACACAUAUCUUAGGUUUUAUCAUAUGAGAAAGGAAAACAAAUUUCAGAAACGAAAUGUGGUAUUCGGAUGGAAAGAGUCUUGAACAUAAACAUGCAGCAUAUUUUGAUAUCAAGUUCAGAUUUAUAACAUGGAAACCACAAAGCUUCAACAGUAUUACCAUACUCAUUACCAUACUCAUUAUAGCAUAUUAAUUCUGUACAAAAUAAGUCACAUUUAAACAACAUAUAUUUGAAAAUGUUUUGUAUCUGUCUUAUACAUGGGAAUUGGUACCUGUAGAUCAGGGGUGGCCACAAACUUGCUUAAUGUAACAGCCACAGAGAAUAAACUUCAGAUGUUUG